AUGUAUCUUUUAAUUUUAUUUUUCCCUUUAAUUGGAUCAAUUUUAACUGGUUGUUUUGGAAGGCAUAUAGGAGAAAAGGGGGCAGGGAUUUUAACUUCAUGUUGUUUAAUUAUCGGUUUGUCUUAUUCUGUUUUAGUUGGAAUAGAAAUUUUAUUUAAUUCAACGGCAACAUUUCUUAGACUAUGAAAGUGGUUGGACUCUGGGUUUUUUCUUGUUUUUUUUGAUUUGCAGUUUGAUGGUUUAGUUGCAGUUAUGUUGUUUGUGGUUUUUCUUGUUUCUACUUUGGUUCAUGUUUUUUCUAUUGCUUAUAUGCGAGGGGACCCUCAUGUGCCUCGGUUUAUGGCAUACCUUUCUUUAUUUACCUUUUUAAUGGUUUUUUUAGUCACUAGCGCUAAUUUUCUUCAAUUGUUUAUUGGAUGAGAAGGAGUUGGUCUUUGUUCUUAUUUAUUAAUUAAUUUUUGAUUAACAAGACUUGAGGCAAAUCGAGCAGCAAUUAAAGCCAUGUUGGUUAAUAAAGUUGGUGACAUAGGCUUGCUUUUAGCAAUGUUUCUUCUUUGAAAAACUUUUGGGUCUUUAGAUUUUUCUUCUGUUUUUAAUUUAGUUUCUCCUUCUAAAGGAGUUUUUUUUAUUUGUUUAUUUUUAUUUUUUGGGGUAAUGGGUAAGUCAGCUCAAUUAGGGUUACAUACUUGGCUGCCGGAUGCGAUGGAGGGUCCAACUCCGGUUUCUGCUUUAAUCCAUGCGGCAACAAUGGUUACGGCGGGUGUGUUUUUAUUAAUUCGAGCAUCUCCUUUGUUUGAUGUUGUUCCUCUUAUGUUAAUUAUUAUAACAACGAUUGGGGUUUUAACGGUGUUUUUUGCUGGUACAAUUGGUUUGGUUCAAAAUGAUUUGAAAAAAAUAAUUGCUUAUUCUACUUGUAGUCAACUAGGAUAUAUGGUUGUUGCUUGUGGGCUUUCUCAUUUUUCUACUGGUUUGUUUCAUUUAAUGAACCAUGCUUUUUUUAAAGCUUUGUUAUUUUUGAGUGCGGGUUCUUUAAUCCAUGCGGUGGUUGAUGAACAAGAUGUAAGGAAAAUGGGGGGGCUGUCCUCUUUUCUUCCUCUAACUUAUAUUUUUUUUAUUAUAGGAUCUUUUUCUUUAAUGGGGUUUCCUUUUUUAACAGGGUUUUAUUCAAAAGAUUUGAUUUUAGAGUUUGCUUUUGGGCAAUAUUAUUUAAUUUUUGUUUAUUUACUCGGGUGUUUCUCUGUUUUAUUAACUGCAAUAUAUUCUAUUCGUCUAAUUUUUUUAUCUUUUUUAUCCAAUACAAACUUAAAACGGGGAGUCUUUUUUUUUCUUAAGGAAGGGGAGGGACUGCUUUUAGCCCCCUUGGGGAUAUUGGCUUUGGGAAGUAUUUUUUGGGGUUAUUUUUGUAAAGAAAUGAUUUGGUGUUUUCAAAUGGGGACUUUCCCUGUGCUUUUUUUAAAUAUUAAACUUCUUCCUGUUUUUUUAAGUUUAGUUGGGGUUUUUGGAGUGCCUUUUUUUUUUUAUUUUUUUUUAUCUAAAACUUUGUUUUUCUUUUUUUCUAUUUAUUGUUUUUUAGGCUCUGCUUGACAAAUUAAUUAUUCUUUUAAUUUUUUUUUUAUAAAAAAAAUAUAUAAAAUCGGACAUAUAAUUACAAAUUUAACUCUUGAUAAGGGGGUGUUAGAGCUUAUUGGACCAAAGGGAAUUGUUAAUUUUUUGAUUUUACAAGUACAAAGAUUAAGUAGUUUUCAGUCUGGGCUUGUUUUUAAUUAUGCUUUGGUUUUCUUUGUUGGAGUUGUUGUUUUUAUGGUUUUAUUGUAG